ACAAUAACUGAAAGAAUACCACAAUGGCGUCCUCCAGUAGUUCCGAGAAUCAACCCAAAGCGGUGAAAUCGUCGAGUUCUACAAACACAGUACUGACCAGAAGCAAGAGUAAGAGUCUGUCUGCAUGUAGGUCAGCAACUUCGUGGUGGGACAAACUUCCGGACGAGGCUCUCAUACUUGUGUAUGGCUACCUUGAAGACCACGACAGAGCCUCCAUGUCCUCGGUCUGCAAACACUGGAACAGCAUCUUCAAGACGCCUACACUCUGGCGGGAGCGUCAUUUUAUAUUCGUUGGUAUGAGAGCCCUAGACCACACGAAGAAAGCAUGUGAAUUUAUUACCAACGUGGGUACUCAUCUAAGACGCCUUGUCCUGGAAUGUGGACAUCCAGUUCUUCACACAGCCAGACCCAUUGCAGAAGCUGUGUCAACCUUUCUGGGACAUACGAUCAAAAUUCCCCAAAUGAGGAUCAGUCAUUUCAAAGUCGUAUACCUUGACUGCUACCACAGCUGGAGAUUCUUCGACCUGUCAAGGGGGAAACUUAUAGACGCUUUGAGUAAAUUUUUAAGGAAACAGAGGAACUUACGAAAGCUUGACCUCUCCGGAGCUCAUUUGACGUCCGCAGAAGGGAUGAGAUGCCUUUCUUCCGCAGCGCAAAGUCCUGCCAGAAAAACCAUCCACUAUCUCCACAUCAAGGACCUAUUCGAGUUACGUUACCCAGCAUUCCAAGACAACCGCUUCCGGGACAAUCUGGCUCGCUUCACCAGCCUCCGACAACUUUAUCUCAACUACUUGUACGUUGAUGAGCUCGUGCUGCAAGUUCUACGAACUAAUAGCAGAACAAGCCUCCAGUAUUUUCAGAUCGUCGUGGAUUCGUGUGAACCAUGUAAUCACAGCAUCUCGGCGUAUGCGUGGCGGGAUUUCUGUGACGGCUGUCCUUAUGCUAAGGUUGUGUUUCAUUUUCUAGGGAAGCUGUCGAUUGAAGAUUACAGGAGAGUGUUUGCCCGGUGUGUUCCGAUAUAUGAGAUUGAUAUUCUCAGCUGGGAUCGCUACCCGAGUGACCGGGACCCCAAUUCAGAGGACAUGUCAGCCGUGCUCGCCCACAUCAUCUCGACAUACUCUGCCCAGCUAGUGAGCUUCCGACUCGCGUUUGAUCACCUGAGCAACGAACCAAUCGACUCGGCGCUUGUGAUGUUGCUCGACAGGUGCACGAAGUUGAAGGACGUGUGCAUCAACACUGCCAUUAGGAUCGACACGGUGGAGAAGAUCUGUGCAACACUAAAGAAGAAAAGACCUAGAGUGUUGGAACACCUGGAGUUGAAAGUUCGUGACCUGACCCCAGACGAAGUAGCCAAGUUACGGGGCAUCGCGGUUUUAAGCAGCGAGGAACUCGGUCUGAGGAGCGUGGAAGUUCAGCCAGAUGACUAACCAAUCACAGGAUUGCCACGCGGCAGAGGCCAAUCGGAUACGAUCAGAUUAAAACGUUAAGGUUGUUCCGAAUGUCCCCCGAUCAUGAUAUAACAAUUGCAGUUCAAGGCUUGUGAAGGAUAUUUAUUCUGUAUCUUCGUCGAUCUAUUGAUGUAUGAAACCGUGUAAAAAUUGACUUAUUUUAUGAAGUGUCUAAAUAUUUCUCGUGCAAUAAAAUAUUUUGAGAGUU